AUGUCUACAAUUCUUCUCUUUUGCACUGCCCAGAUGCCUGCAAGGGUAAUCAAUUGCCUAAUGACUGACUAUGCUCUCCCAGAACAAGCAGCCAACAUCUUCAGUCUUGUCCGUGAUCCAUCCCAAGAAAUCUUGGAUGAAUGGCAGAGCGACCCGCCCAUUCCUGAUUUCACCAUAGGUUUUAAAGGUGCUUCUGACGCCGAAAUUCGCUGUUACGCACGCAAUCUCCUAGAAGACCUCACAAGCCACCAUGCAAGCAGUCUAAGUACUAGGUGGAUUGCUGUCCUGGAUGACAAAUCUCCUACUGAAGACACAGUAGUCAUACAUCAUAACAUGCGAAAAUCAUCGUGGGUGGAGCUGUUGGAAGAGAGGGAGGAGGAGGUGUUUAUCCCUGGGCAGGCGGAAGUAAAUGAGGCCGAUGACUCGAUUUGGUGGAAAUGGCGGAUUCCAUGCAAAUCUACGUUCAAUAUCUAG